GGAAACUUCCCGCUCCCGGUCCCGCCGCGCUAUAUAACACUGCGCGCGCGCACUCUCCCGCACUCUCCGCCCGUUCUCGCUCCACUCGACACUCCCGCGCAACACUAUCAACAUGUACAAGUCUCUCGUACUCUUCGCCUGCUUCGCAGUGGCGCUGUGCGCGGUGCGGCGCGAGGCUCCGGCCGGCAGCUCGCCGUGGCAGGACCUGGAGAAGAACGCGGCCGAGUUCAGCAAGACCAUCUCCGAGCAGCUCAACGCCUUCGCCAACUCCAAGAACACCGACCAGUUCAACAAGGCUGUCAAGGACGGCUCCGACUCCGUGCUGCAGACGCUCUCCUCCUUCUCCGGCUCGCUGCAGGCUGCCUUGGCUGACGCGAACGGCAAGGUGAAGGAGGCGCUGCAGCAGUCACAGGCCAAGCUCAAGGAGACGGCAGACCAGCUGCGCCAGCAACACCCCGACGUCGAGGCCAACGCCGAGCAGCUGCGCGCGCGCCUCGCCGACGCCGUCCGCACCACCGCCAAGGAGACUGAGAAGCUGGCCAAGGAGGCGGCCGCCAACUGGGACGAGACCAGCCAGAAGCUGGCGCCGCAGGUGAAGCAGGCGUACGAGCAGUUCGUCAAGCAGGCCGAGGCCGUCCAGAAGAAGCUGCACGAGGCCGCCACCAAGCAGUAGACCGCGCCACACCACCACCACCACCACCACCAUUAUAUAUUAUAAUACACUAUUUACAUAUUUAUACAA